AUGAGCAAACUUACAGUGAAAGGCCGCGUUCACCUUAAAGACGCUUUAUCGAAAACCGACGGUCAUAUAACAGAAAUAGGUAAAAUGGUUGUGCUGCCAUCUUCUUUUACUGGUGGGCCACGAUACAUGCAUGAACGAACUCAAGAUGCUAUGACUUAUGUACGUCAUUUCGGACGUUCAGACUUAUUUAUUACGUUCACUUGCAAUCCAAAAUGGAAAGAAAUUGAAGAGAUUUUAGUUCAAGGCCAAAAAUCUCAUGAUAGACAUGACUUAAUAGCAAGAAUUUUUUACGUGAAAAUUAAGCAUAUGAUGUAUCUUCUGACAAAAGGUUGCAUUUUUGGCAAAACGAAGUGUCAUAUGUAUACUGUGGAAUGGCAGAAACGUGGACUUCCUCACAUUCGUAUCCUCCUGUGGUUAGAAGAAAAGCUGAGACCAGAAUCUAUUGAUAAGGUAAUUAGUGCUGAACUGCCUAAUCAAGAUCAAGAUCGAGAACUAUAUAAAAUAAUAAAAACAAAUAUGGUUCACGGUCCAUGUGGUUCUUUUAAUAGAAAUUCUCUCUGUAUGGUGGAUGGUUCAUGCACGAAAAAAUAUCCAAAACAUUUUUUAAAGGAAACCCAAACAGGAGGAGAUGGAUAUCCUAAAUAUCCCCGGCGAUCUCCUGAAGAUGGUGGAGUAAAAAAAAUAAUAAAUGGAAUUAAUAUAGACAAUCGAUGGGUGGUACCGUAUAACCCUGUCCUGUGUCGUACAUUCAAAGCUCAUAUAAAUGUUGAAGUUUACAACUCAGUGAAAUCAAUUAAAUAUAUUUGUAAGUAUAUGAAUAAGGGAUCUGAUCAAGCAGCAUUCACUGUUGGAGAUCUUGAUGAAGUGACAAAGUAUGAAGCAGGACGAUAUAUUAGCACUUCCGAGGCAGUUUGGCGAAUUCUGAGUUUUCCUAUCCACGAGAGAUUCCCUCCAGUUAUGCAUCUUGCUGUACAUUUAGAAAAUGGUCAACGAGUUUUUUUUAAUGAAAAUAAUAUACUCAAUAAGAUCAAUAAUUCCAAAACAACACUUAUGGCUUUUUUUGAACUCUGUAAAGUGGACAAUUUUGCGAAAAAAUUAUUAUAUUGUGAAGUUCCAGCUUAUUAUGUCUGGAGAAAACACCAGUUUCACAGAAAAAAACAAGGAAAAAUUGUGCCAGGUUAUUUAGGUAUAAAAAAAGAUCAUGUUUUAGGCAGAGUGUAUACUGUCCAUCCUACCAAUACUGAAUGUUAUUACCUCCGUCUUCUUUUGCAUGAAGUUCGCGGUCCAGAGUCAUUUACGGCUUUAAGAACUAUAAAAGAUGUAAUCUAUCCUACAUUUCAAGAAGCUUGCAGAGUAAUGGGAUUGCUCGAAGACGAUGCUCAUUGGGAUCAAACUUUAGCAGAAGUCUCAAUUUCUGAUUCAUCUUACAAAAUACGUGAAUUGUUUGCUGUUAUGUUAGUUUUUUGCCAAGUUGGAGAUCCGAUUAAAUUAUGGGAUAAAUAUCGAGAUAAUUUCACGGACGACAUUAAAAGACGAAUAAGUAGGAAUCGCGAAAACUCUGAGUUAGAUCUUGAUAUUGUUUACAAUCAAUGUUUGAUAAAUCUUGAAGAUAUGGUCAUUGCUAUGUCAGGUAAGACUCUUUUACAAUUUGGACUCACUUCACCAUCUCGAAAACAAGAAUCUGUUAUUAUUAAUCAACAAUAUUUAAAUGAAUUAGCUUAUGACACUGCUAAGUUAACCGAAGAAGUAAUAAAAAGUGUUCCGAUACUGAAUAAAGAACAGAAAGAAGCAUAUGAAUCGAUAUUGAAUAGUGUUGUUUCUGAUUCUGGACGAUUGUUCUUCCUUGAUGUUCCUGGAGAAACGGGAAAAACAUUCUUGAUUAAUUUGUUGCUUGCGAAAAUUAGGAGUGAAAAAAGUAUUGCUAUUGCUGUUGCUUCUUCAGGAAUUGCGGCUACUUUAAUUGACGGAGGCAAAACAGCUCACUCGACAUUUAAAUUACCUCUUGAAAUAAAUCAUUCUGAUAAUAUUCUAUGUAAUAUUUCUAAGCAGAGUGAUAUGGCUCACGUUAUCAGAGAAGCAAAACUGAUAGUAUGGGAUGAAUGCACUAUGGCUCACAAAAAUGCUAUUGAAGCUCUCAACAGAACUCUUAAGGAUAUAAGAAAUAGUGACCGAAUAAUGGGUGGAAUAACUGUUGUUUUAGCUGGUGACUUUUUUUCAAUUACUGAAAAAUCCCCACUGAAAAUGAGAUCGUAUUACAGUGGAUGGGAAAGACGUGAGGUGACAGGUGCGGUAAUCCAAACUACUCUCGAUCAGUCUUGGCCAUCAACUUCUAAUUACCAGGGGCCGUCUACUGCGGGGCAGGCUGGUUACUAUACUGGAGUAAUCUCUGGACCUCAAGCAGGGUUGACUCCAGGAAAGUUUGUGAGAUUAGUGCUCCGGUAUCAGCACCGGGAUGAUCUAAUGCGUUGA